AUGCAUUCCUCAGCCUCAGCGGGCCCCUCGCAUUUAUUCAAUGCCCACUGUGAGGUGAAGGAGGACAAUCUGAAAGAUAAAGAGUCGUAUCAUUCAAAACGGCAUGAUCUGGAUAUGGAAACAAGACCACGGGAAAGGUAUGUAAAACGACCCAGUUCUAUUGUGUGUCUUGCAAUUUUCACUCAUAGGACAACACUCUCUGACAAUAACACUCAGAAAAAAGAGAGUUAUGAGAAGAAACAUUUGGACGACUUAGUGCAAAGAUCUCCAGAUCAGAAGAUGAAGAUCGGAAGACUAGGGGAGGGGGUGACUGAGUAUCAGCUCCCCUACAGGAAUAUUCUUCCUGUGCCCAUCUUUGUGCCAAAUAAAGUGCUGUCUGUGGUUAAAGAUUCAGAGCGAGCGCCAACACCUGUAGAACUGAAAGCCAUCAUGGAGUUUGAAAAAGCACUGUCCAGCGGUGUGAGCGUAGGCUGGAGAGAAAUUUCUGAGAUAACUAAAGAGAUGCCGAAUGUUUUUCAGCCUAUCAGGAUGGAUUUUAGAGCCUCCAAUCUGGUGCUUCCUAGAAAUGUACUGCCAUAGUUUGAGGCUGGGCUAAGAAGAUAGUAGCUCCUAGUUCAUGGAAACUACAGUAAAUGCAAGGCCUGUGCAAAUAAAAACAUUGGCUAAGUAAGCACUUCAUAGCCACUCAAAAUGGUAUAAAUUAAUAUGUACUGCCCACUGUCUUAUGGUGUCAAACUACCUGAACUUAGUGCAGUUGUACUUACUAACAUUCAGUUUUUACUGUUUACAUCUUUCAGAACUCAGAUUAAUCUUACUAAACAAAGGCACUAACAAAAUUGUGCUGUCAACUGAAACGGGUUGUUUAUAUUUAGUUAUUACAUUUUAGUUCAUGAGGUUGCAUUUUUUAAUUGUACAUCUUAUUCAUAAUUAGAUUAACUUAUCGAUAAUGGAACUGGAAUGUUAUACAGCUGUUAUUUUAUUUAUUUAUUUUUGUUUUUUGUAAACAAAUUGCUGGUGUAUAUUUUUCACAUUGCCUUGAAUUAAACCUGAAACAAUUUAAACCACUGAGCAGUGCUACAGGCUUACUGCUCAACUAUGAGAAAAAUAUUAGGUUCAGUUUAAAAUAGUAUUAAUACCUGACAUACUGUAAGUAGCUCUUAGGAAGGGUUAUCAAAGAUGUUAAAAUAGGAGUCAACAAAUAAAUGUAUGGGAAGGGUAAAAAGCAGUUUUAUAGUGAGUAAGACAGUAUUCGUUGUGAGGUGGUUAAAUUAUAAGUUGGUGACGCAUAGGAAGUGUGCACAUUAUCAGACUUAAUCAGUAUAAAUUGAACAAUGUUAAAUUUUAAGUUGAUAGCUUAACGUUUACAGAUUUUUUUCAAGAAUGCAAGCAUCCUUACAGUUGAGCUGACAUGUUUCAAACAGUGCUUCUUGCUGCCCUCAACUGAUGCUGUGCAUUUCACAGGCAGGCAAGUUUGGCAUUUGUUUUCCACAAUAAUCAGAAAAAAGUAAUUGUUUCUCAUUGAAUAGUAUAACUUUGUAUUAGAAUACAAUUAAAGACUGCUUUCUAAACAUUCAUUUUCUUAUUUGUGUGGUUUUUUUUAAUGAUUAAUAGAUUGUGUGUGUUACAAGUGG